AUGUCAUUCUCAAGGUUAAGCUCUUUUCUUCCUCUCUCCGUUCUCAAGUUUCACCCUUUUCCUCUUUGUUACUCUGCAAAACUUCACAGUCACUCUUCGUCCCCAUUUAUUCACAAUGUUGAUGACGCUGUUGCCUCAUUCCAUCGCAUGCUCAACGAGCGUCCUUCCCCACCCAUCAUUCAAUUUAACAAGAUUUUGGGAUCCCUUGUUAAGAAUAAGCAUUUCUACACUGCCAUUUCCCUCUUUCAACGAUUGGGAUCCAAGGGAAUUAAGCCAGACAUUUUUACUUUUAACAUUCACAUCAAUUGUUUGUGCCAACUGCUUCAAAUGACCUUAGCUUUUUCGGUAUUGGCCAAGAUCUACAGAUUGGGUUAUCAACCAGAUACCAUAACCUUCAACACAAUCAUGAAUGGUAUGUGUCUCAACGGCAACGUUAGGAAAGCACUGCAUUUUAACGACAAGGUGGCACAAGGAUUUCGUAUGGACGAAGUUACUUAUGGAACUUUGAUCAAUGGAUUAUGUAAAGUGGGAGAAACAAGAGCUGCCAUUCAGUUGAUGAGACAGAUUGAAGGGCAAAUGAUUCAGCCUAACCUGGCAAUUUACAAUACAAUCAUUGAUAGUCUAUGCAAAGAAAAUUUUUUGAAUGAGGCGUGUGAUCUUUUUUCAGAAAUGGUUGUCAAGGGAAUUUACCCUGACUAUAUCACUUACACCUGUCUAAUUUAUGGCUUUUGCCUUGUGGAUCAAGUGAAGAAAGCAGUUGAUUUGUUCAAUGAAAUGUUAUUGAAAAGCAUCAAUCCAGAUGUUUAUACUUUUACCGUAUUGAUGGAUGUUUUGUGCAAGAAUGGAAAAGUGAGAGAAGCUAAAAAUGUGUUGGCUGUGAUGAUAAAAGAUGUUAACGAAGUAAAGAAUGCAAAAUAUGUAUUCAACAACAUGAUCCAAAGUGAAGUAAUGCCUGACGCAUAUAGCUACACUGUACUGAUCAAUGGAUUAUGCAAGAUUAAAAUGAUGGAUGAAGCCAUGAAUCUAUUUAAAGAUAUGCAUUGCAAAAGUGUGGUUCCAGAUAUAAUAACUUACAAUUCUCUUAUUGAUGGUUUAUGCAAAUCAGGGAGAAUGUCUUAUGUUUGGAAGUUUAUUGAUGAGAUGCGUGGUAGAGAUCUACGUGCUGAUAUAAUUACCUACAAUUCCUUAAUAAAUGCAUUAUUCAAAAACCAUCAUGUAGAACAGGCAAUUGCAUUAUUCAAUGAGGUUAUACACAAGGGCAUUUAUCCAGAUGGAUACACAUACACAAUACUUAUCGACGGACUAUGCAAAGGUGGAAGACUCACGGAUGCACAAGAGAUUUUUCAGGAUCUUUUGAUUAAUGGCUAUAAGCUAAAUGUGUCAACAUAUAAUGUUAUGAUCAAUGGCCUUUGUAAAGAGGGCAUGAUUGAUGAAGCAUUGUCCUUACUGUCAAAAAUGGAAGACAAUGGUUGCAGCCCUGACGAUAUAACUUUUGCCGUAAUUAUCUGUGCCCUCUUAGAAAGAAAUGAGAACGAUACAGCAGAGAAACUUUUUCAUGAAAUGAUGGUUAGAUGCUUGCUGUGA